UUUUUGCCAACCGCUAAUAAACCUCAGAAGAAGAAGAAGAAGAAGAAGAAGAAGAAGAAGAAGGGGCAGCGCUGCAUUACGGCAGUGCCAUGAAAACAAGACCCACGUGGUAUGCAGAUAAAAGCUUUAGCGCUUAUUAUUUAAUUUCUCUCUUUACCAAUACUUUUAUGUUCAGACUUAUUAAUCAGCUGCAGGAACAUCGCAUUCCUAAAAGCGCCUGUCAAGAGUACUUAAAUCCUUUAAACCUGUAUUACAUCAAAUCAGCCUCGCUUGCUAUAACGCAUGACGGUUCCGCUGGGAUACUUUACUUAGUUUAAAAAAACAUGGAUUUCACGAGCGAAGACGACAUAACGCAGAUUCAGUCGCCGAACACGCAGCGGAUCGUACCGCUAGAGAAGUUUGUAGAUCUUGACCCGAGCGCGGAGCUGUUCUUCGAAACUCCUCCACCUGAUGACGUCAGACCUGUUAGCAGCACCUUUGAGAACAGAGAUGCUUCAUCCCACAAGACACCGUCAGACAGUGACUCUGGUGAAAGUCUGUUUUUAACACAGUCUGUAACUUCAGCGGUCAGAACUGUAAGGCGACGCAAAUCAACAGAUAGACCAGAGUCCAUCGCCAAUGAUGAUUCUUCUGAAGAGAGUGAAAGGAACAGCAGGAGAGGUUCAGAGGAUCAAGCCACUGAAUCUGAGGAGGGAAGUGGAGGUCACCGUCAGCAUACAGAGCUCCCAAAAAAAGGAAAAAGCUCUGGACCAUCCGGUUCAAAGCACAUUCAACACCCUAAAAGAGCACUUUUUCCAUUUUUAUUGAAGCAAAAAAGAAGACAGCGCCUGUCCCUAAAGAAGCACCAAAUUCUAGAGAACUCAGAAAUUGGAGGGUUCCUCAAAUGCAUAAAGAAAUUUGAGAAGGGUUAUAUGAAUACAGGAAUAACACUCAGUUCAUGGAUGUUGGAGCCUGAGCUAAACAGUGACUCAGAAGUGGAUGAGCGAAACAGUGAUCAUGAAGUCACAGUUGUGGAUAAAGCUGUUUUUGUUCCAAAAUUCAAUACAAGGCCUACACAAACAUGGCGCCCGCAAUCCAUCCUGAAGAGGAGGAAAGCUGUAAUGCCUUCAUCUCAGGUCCCUGAUCUGUUACAACCCAUAGAACAUGUGGAGGAUGAAAAACACAUCAAAAACGCGUCAAUGAUGAUCGUCAAAAGAAAAACAAAUGCUAGCUCAAAGCUCAAAAAUACUAGCCAUCUACCGCAGACCCAGAAAAAUGCAAUGAAUGAAUUUUCGCAAUCAAAAAAGAAAUGCAAAGCAGCAGCCAAAAAACACUCUGUUUGUUCCUCCAAGUCUCUUAGUGUCCCUCUCCUUAAGGAACCUGAGGUGCAGCAGAUUCUCUCAGAGCUCUCAGAUUCUGCUCAUUUGCGACAACCACUUAUUCAGCAGAUCAUAAGUUCUGCUGUGAACUCUGGUGUUAAAGCUUCAGAUGGAGGUCAUUUGUGGGUAAUUGAGGAGACACAGAGACUGAACUCUGUAGAGGCAUUUACAGAAGCAGCGACUGAUAUGAUGCAAGUGAGGUCUAGAGCACAAAGCAAUUCCUGCUCUCCACCCCAAGGGGGAGACAUUUCAGUACAUAAUGAUACUCAAUAUACUGAUGAUAACAGUGAAAUCGGCUCUCUGGAUUUAUACAUGCCAUUAGAUAAUGUGAUCAAGGUAAAAAAGACAGACAGACUGGAUAAAUUUGUCAGUGCAGAAGUUGCUGUGUGUGCUAGCAGCACCAAACACUCUGAAUCCCAAGAGACCAGCCAGAAUUCUGUGGAGCCACAUACUGAACUGCUCUCUGAAAUCAAUUGCCAAAGUAAAAGAAGAAAAAAAUGGUCACUGUCUCAUAAAGAUAUUGAAGUUACACAUGUAGAGGAAACCACAGAGACACAACCAGCAACUGGUCAUUUACUACUAGCUAAUGAACCAAUAAGAGAUGUUUCCUCAAAUUUCUGUGAACAUGUUCUUGUGGACAGAAAAGGGGCAACGGUAGAGAUACCCAUGGAAACAGAAGAUAGUCCUGUGUUUAAACACGUUGGACCGAGCUUCCUGAAAAGGAAGAAAAAGAAGGAAAUAGGAGCUACUGUCAAACGUCUAGAUUUGAUGCAUUGUGAUACAAAUGUUGAUGUGAGUCAGAAUGCGAGUUCUGCAUCUCAAGGCGAUGACAUCACUAGACUUAAAAUGACACACAGAGGCAGAAGAGAAUCAUGUGAAGUGGAGGAUAAAGGAACCAGUGAAGAGCAAAUGGCAGAAUCAGUUUCACACUCCAGCAAAUCAGCAGACUUCUUGGAGAUAAGUAAUUUAUCAGUGGUGACAGACAGCACUGUUAUCACAAAAGUUAAGAAGAAAAAGCAGAAAUUAGACAAGCAGGAGGAUAAAGAGCUUGUUUCAGGUACUCGCAGUGUUGAAAAUGUUCAGUCAAGUCAGUACGCUGGACUGAAUCAUAGUGAGUCACAAACUACCGAGUUGCCAUCCAAAAGACGAAAAAAGAAUAAUAAAGACAAAGAGAGAAAUGGAACAACAAAUGUAAAGGAAAGUAGUGCAGUAAACAAAACAUCAAACGAAACUUUGGACUGCAUUGCUUAUAGACCUGCAGAUUUGAGAGUAAAUGAUUUGAAUUAUUUUACUGAGACCAAUGAGCUUGAACAGAAUUCAGAGGAAAAUAUAGGAUUGCCCACUGUAGCUAUAUUCAAAUCAAUGAAAAAGAAGAAGAGGAAGAAAACGGAUGGGAGUGAGCAAUAUGUAUCAGUUGAUUUGGAUCUGGAUGCAAGUUCUGUGUCUCUGUUUGAUGAGGUCACCACGCUGAGAGUGUUUGCACAACAGAAGUCAACUACAGAAGAGAUAAUUGAAGAAAGGCCACAUGAUGACAGUGCAAUUGAACAUUUGGAAAGUAAUACAGCAGGUAUAAAUGUUGCCAAACACAAAAGGAAAAGUCAGAAUGUGAGUUGUUCAUUUCAAGGUGAUGACAUUGGACUGGAAAAAACUGUGUCAGACUCACAAUCGGGGAAUACAGCAGAACUUUUGGAGAAAACAAGUAAUUUAUAUGUGGUUUCAGACAGCACGGUCACCACAACGGUUAAACAGAAAAAGAAGAAAAAGCACAAAUUUAAACAGCAGGAGAAUGCAGAGCUUGAUUCAGAUACUCAUAAUGUAGAAAAUGUUUACUCAAUUGAGUCGGAAACCUCUGUUUUGCCAUCCAGAACAAAAAAGAAGAAAAAAGAUGCAACAAUUAGCCCAUCAACAGAAAAUUUGGAACAUGUUGACCAUAGACCUCCAGAAAUGAGAGCAAAUGAUUUGGUUCAGUCCUGUGAAGCCACUGAGAUCCAUCAGCUUGAGCAUAUUGAGACAUCAGAGGAAAUUCCAGGAUCACCUAGUGUAACUACAUUAAAAUCAGCAAAGAAGAGGAAGAAAAAGGAUAGGAGUGAGAAACAUCAGGGUGAAUCUGUUCAUUUGGGUUUGGAAGUGAACUCUGUGUCUUUGUUUGAUGAUGUCAUUGGUUUGAGAGCAGUGGAACAAGAGGAAGAUAUGGAUGAGAUCAUUGAAGAAAGGCCACAUGAUGACAGAGCAAUUGAACAUUUGGAAAGUAAUACAGCAGGUAGAUUACGUGUUGCAAAACGCAAAAAGAAAAGUCGGAAUGUGAGUUGUUCAUUUCAAGGUGAUGACACUGGACUUGAAAUAACAGUGUCAGACUCACAGUCUGGGAAUACAGCAGAACUCUUCGAGAAAAGUUAUUUAUCCGUAGUUUCAGACAGCACGGUUAAACAGAAAAAAAAGAAAAAGCACAAAUUAAAAGAACAGGAGAAUGCAGAGCUUGAUUCAUAUACUUGUACUGAAGAACAUUUUUACUCAGUUGAGUCUGAAACAUCUGUUUUGCCAUCCAGAAGAACAAAAAAGAAGAAAAAAGAUGCAGCGUUUAGCCCAUCAAAAGAAAGUUUGGAACACAUUAACCAUAGACCUCCAGAAAUGAGAGCAAAUGAUUUGGUUCAGUCCUGUGAAGCCACUGAGAUCCAUCAGCUUGAGCAUAUUGAGACAUCAUGGGAAAUUCCAGGAUCACCUAGUGUAACUACAUUAAAAUCAGCAAAGAAGAGGAAGAAAAAGGAUAGGAGUGAGAAACAUCAGGGUGAAUCUGUUCAUUUGGGUUUGGAAGUGAACUCUGUGUCUUUGUUUGAUGAUGUCAUUGGUUUGAGAGCAGUGGAACAAGAGGAAGAUAUGGAUGAGAUCAUUGAAGAAAGGCCACAUGAUGACAGAGCAAUUGAACAUUUGGAAAGUAAUACAGCAGGUAGAUUACGUGUUGCAAAACGCAAAAAGAAAAGUCGGAAUGUGAGUUGUUCAUUUCAAGGUGAUGACACUGGACUUGAAAUAACAGUGUCAGACUCACAGUCUGGGAAUACAGCAGAACUCUUCGAGAAAAGUUAUAUAUCCGUAGUUUCAGACAGCACGGUUAAAAAGAAAAAAAAGAAAAAGCACAAAUUAAAAGAACAGGAGAAUGCAGAGCUUGAUUCAGAUUCACAUAAAGUAGAAAAUGUUCACUCAGUUGAGUCAGAAACCUCUAUGUCCAUAGAAGCAUCAAGAAGAACAAAAAAGAAAAGACAAAGUAAUUGAAAUGACAAUGUGUGAAAAGGGAAAAAAACUAAACAAUUAGUCCAACAAAUGCAAGUUUGGACUGCAUAGCUGAUAGACCUCCAGAACUGAGAGUAAAUGAUUUGAUUCACCCCAAUGAAGACAUUGAGAUCUGUCAUCUUGAGCAUAUUCAGAAAUCAAAGAAAAUUACAGGAUGUCCAUCACCCAGUGUAACUAGAUUAAAAUCAGUGAAAAAGAAGAGAAAGGAUAAGAGAGAUUCUGUUGAUUUAGAUGUGGACAUGUGUUUUGUGUCUCGGUUUGAUGUCAAUGGGAAGCGGAGGAUAAGUCAACUACACAAGAAAUUAUCGAAGAAAGGCCAAGUGAUCUUAUUGAACAUUUGGAAAUUAAUACAGCCAUUAGCUUAAAUAUUGCUAAACGCAAAAAGAAGAGGGAAAGGUCAAAUGUAUCUAUUAAUGGCAAUUCUGACUUAAACCACUCUGUGGCAUAA